GGAAAUUUCAUUCAAUGCUCUCACAUCAAACAAAUUUCUCGUGUUGUUAAAAAUUAAAAAGACUCUCGAUUUGUUAAAAGAAACUAUUCUUUUUAACAAUAUUUUAUACAAUUUAAUAACGAUUCAUUUAUCAAUUCGUAAACAAUGGAAGGCUUUGAUGAAGCUGGUGUUUUCUUUUCCGACAAUUUCGGCGGUGAACAACAAGAUGGAAAUCAAAUCAAUUUACAAUCGUUGAAGAAAAAAUACAAAGAUUUCAUACGUACAUUUAAUGAAGAUAAUUUCUUUUAUAAAUACAGAGAUACAUUAAAAAGAAACUAUCUAAAUGGUCGAUACUUUCUCGAAGUCGAAAUCGAUGAUUUAGCUGGUUUCGAUGAAACACUCGCCGACAAACUAUACAAACAACCUACAGAACAUUUACAAAUAUUCGAAGAAGCAGCUAAAGAAGUUGCCGAUGAAAUUACUGCUCCAAGACCAGAACAUGAAGAACAUGUCCACGAUAUUCAAAUUUUACUCUCUUCCACAGCAAAUCCCACAAACAUAAGAGAACUUAAAUCUGAUUGUGUUUCACGAUUAAUUAAAAUCGCUGGCAUAAUCAUAUCAGCUUCUGGUAUUAAAGCCAAAGCUACUAGCAUGUCAAUUCAAUGUCGUUCCUGUGGCAAUGUUGUUCCCAAUUUGAAAGUCAAUCCCGGCUUGGAGGGAUACGCAAUGCCCAGGAAAUGCAACACUGAACAAGCUGGCAGACCAAAGUGUCCACUAGAUCCAUUCUUUAUUAUGCCAGACAAAUGCAAAUGUGUUGACUUUCAAAUUCUGAAACUUCAGGAAUUACCUGAUUUUGUACCUCAGGGUGAAAUUCCACGACAUUUGCAAUUGUUUUGUGAUCGUUCUCUUUGCGAGAGAGUUGUACCCGGGAAUAGAGUUCUUAUUCAGGGAAUAUACUCGAUUCGUAAGGUUGGCAAGCCAAGUCGACAAGAUGGUCGUGAGAAGGCUGUCAUUGGAGUUAGGUCUCCUUAUAUGCGUGUUGUGGGUAUAACAGUUGAUACAGAAGGUGUUGGUGCCAUCUCUCGGUAUAGUCAUAUUACAUCUGACGAAGAAGAUCACUUUAAGAGGAUGGCAGCUAGUGAGGAUAUAUACGAACGUUUAUCCAAGUCACUUGCUCCAAGUAUAUUUGGAUCGGCGGAGAUAAAAAAAGCCAUUACUUGUUUGCUCUUUGGAGGAGCUCGUAAACGUUUGCCAGAUGGUCUUAACCGGAGAGGAGACAUAAACGUAUUGUUACUGGGUGAUCCUGGUACAGCAAAGUCACAAUUGUUGAAAUUCGUUGAGAAAGUUGCGCCAAUUGGAGUUUAUACUUCGGGAAAAGGUUCAAGUGCAGCUGGUUUGACUGCUUCGGUGAUGAGAGAUCCAGCAACGCGCAACUUUGUUAUGGAAGGCGGAGCAAUGGUCCUGGCUGAUGGUGGUGUCGUGUGCAUUGAUGAAUUUGAUAAAAUGCGAGAAGACGAUCGUGUGGCCAUUCACGAGGCAAUGGAACAACAAACAAUCUCGUUGGCUAAAGCAGGCAUUACCACAACUCUAAACUCACGUUGUUCAGUAUUGGCUGCUGCCAAUUCUAUCUUUGGACGCUGGGAUGAUACAAAAGGCGAGGAGAAUAUUGACUUUAUGCCAACUAUUUUGUCGCGUUUCGAUAUGAUUUUCAUUGUCAAAGAUAUUCAUGAUGAGGCUAGAGACAUAACCAUGGCCAAGCAUAUUAUUAACGUGCAUUUGUCAUCGAACAAAGGUGGUAACGAGGUGGAGGGAGAAAUUCCUUUGUCAGUUUUUAAGAAAUACGUUCACUAUUGCCGAACUCAUUGUGGACCAAGAUUGAGUGAGGCGGCUGGAGAGAAAUUAAAAAGUCGUUAUGUUUUGAUGAGAAGUGGUGCUGGAGCACAGGAGAAAUCAGCUGACAAACGGAUGAGUAUUCCAAUUACUGUUCGUCAGUUGGAAGCUAUUAUUAGGAUUUCGGAGUCAUUGGCUAAAAUGCAAUUGCAACCUUUUGUUUCUGAUGCACAUGUCAAUGAAGCGUUGAGAUUGUUUCAAGUUUCUACACUUGAUGCUGCUAUGACUGGUAGUUUGUCGGGUGCUGAAGGUUUUACCACCGAAGAGGAUCAAGAUACAUUGAAUCGAAUUGAAAGACAGUUGAAGAAACGUUUUGCUAUUGGAACUCAAGUUUCUCAAUUGAGUAUUGUUCAGGACUUUGUGCGUCAGAAGUAUGAUGAAAGAGCAGUAAUGAAAGUAAUCAAUACCAUGAUACGACGAGAGGAAGUUCAACAUCGUAUGCAACGCAAAAUGUUGUAUCGUAUUUCUUAAGUUAUUUUUUUCUUUUUAUUAAUUUGUAAUAUUGUUUCAAGUAAUAAAUGUGUUAUUCCAUUUUUAA